CGGUCGUACCAGGGCAGUUAGUUUCCUCUCCGGGAGCCGUUUCCUGUUGAACCUGGUGAAGAGUCGAACAUGUGUCCGUCGACAGAAGCAGCUUAAAGUCUGUGAGGUUGAGUUUGAGCAGCAGCGACGUGGAUUUGUGCAGGAAACAGGUGAAGACGGACUGCGAGCUGCUGCUGAGCCGCUUCCAGCAAACACAGUCCGUCCGCUUCGAGGUCUUCUCCGGCAUCUGGAGGGACGUGAACUUCUCACACAUCUUCUGGUGAUUGGCAGGAGGAGGAGGGUCUGACGGAGGAGCAGAGGAACGUUGUCAGACUUUUUGUCUGAGUUCAACAACGGAGGAAACAUGGAUUCUUCACAAGAAAAACUUGAAAACAGCAAUAGAGUGACACGUCGGAUCUCUGAGGAGGACAACUGCGGUUCGGCAACAACAACAAACAGAGAUGAAUCACUCAAUUGUGAACAAUAUGGCAAGACUUCAAUCUCUAAGCGAAGAAUUCACCAACAUAUUCACACUGUGGAGAAACCGUUCAGAUGUGAUCAGUGUGAGAAGACUUUUCCUGUCAAGAGUCGGUUAAUAAGACACCAAUUGAUUCACAGUGGAGUUAAACCAUUCAGUUGUGAUAAGUGUGACAAGACUUUUACUUACAAGAGGAGUUUAACAACACAUCAAUUCAUUCACAGUGGAGUAAAACCUUUCAGCUGUGAUCAGUGUGGAAAGACUUUUACUAAGAAGAGGAGUCUGACAACACAUCAACUCAUUCACAGUGGAGUAAAACCUUUCAGCUGUGAUCAGUGUGGAAAGACUUUUACUUACAAGAGUACUUUAAAAACACAUCAACUCAUUCACAGUGGAGUAAAACCUUUCAGCUGUGAUCAGUGUGGGAAGACUUUUACUAAGAAGAGGAGUCUGACAACACAUCAACUCAUUCACAGUGGAGUAAAACCUUUCAGCUGUGAUCAGUGUGGAAAGACUUUUACUUACAAGAGUACUUUAAAAACACAUCAACUCAUUCACAGUGGAGUAAAACCUUUCAGCUGUGAUCAGUGUGGGAAGACUUAUACUCGGGUGGAUCAAUUAAAAAACCAUCAGUUCAUUCACAGUGGAAUUAAACCAUUCAGCUGUGAUCAGUGUGGGAAGACUUUUACUAAGAAGAGGAGGCUGACAACACAUCAACUCAUUCACAGUGGAGUAAAACCUUUCAGAUGUGAUCAGUGUGGGAAGACUUUUGCUGAGAAGAGGAGUCUAACCACACAUCAGCUUAUUCACAGUGGAGUAAAACCUUUCAGCUGUGAUCAGUGUGGGAAGACUUUUGCUGAGAAGAGGAGUCUAACCACACAUCAGCUUAUUCACAGUGGAGUAAAACCUUUCAGCUGUGAUCAGUGUGGGAAGACUUUUACUUGGGUGUAUCAAUUAAAAAACCAUCAGUUCAUUCACAGUGGAAUUAAACCAUUCAGUUGUGAUCAGUGUGGGAAGACAUUUGCUGAGAAGAGGAGUCUAACAACACAUCAACUCAUUCACAGUGGAGUAAAACCUUUCAGCUGUGAUCAGUGUGGAAAGACUUUUACUCAGGUGUCUCAAUUAAAAAACCAUCAGUUCAUUCACGGCGGAGGUGAACCAUUCAGUUGCGAUGAAUGUGUGAAAACCUUCACUCGAAAUGGACUGUUAUCAAUCCAUCAAUGUCCCCACUCUGGUAGAAAACUGUACCACUGUGACUCCUGUGACAAAACUUUCAAGCACCAACAGAGCCUAAAAUAUCACCAACGUAUCCACACUGGACAUGAUGUGUACAUAUGUGAUCACUGUGGCAAAUUAUUUGUCCACUAUACACAGUUAAAAGCUCAUGAAGUGAUCCACACUGGGAUUAAACCGUACCACUGUGACCAGUGUGGGAAAGGCUUCAACUUCAUUGCCAACCUCAAAACUCACCAAAGUGUCCACACUGGGGAGAGACCAUACAGAUGUGAUGUGUGUAAUAAGACUUUUACAACUUGGGGUUCCCUGAAACGACACCAAAAGAUCCACACCAGGAAGAGAACACUGAAUCAACGUCACAGUGAGCAGAGCAGCACAGAUGGACAAAACUCUCAGACUUGUCAGCACUCUGCCAAUGGUGAACAGUGCUGUUGUGACCAGUCUGGACCAACAUCCAACCAACAAGGAACCCUACAAUGACACCAGCAGAUGCACACUGGACACAAACUGAACCUCUGCCAAGAAGAUUUCUCCAUGCCGGGUUCAGUGAAAGUUCAUGAAGUCUCCCACAAACUUAAAGUCCUUGAGAUCAGGCUCCACAGAAUUCAGGUCUAAUCUCUCGUUUGGUGUCUUCGUUAAGGUUGCACUCGAUAAAUCAUCUAUUUUUGAUGAGGUUUCCUUAAUUUCUACGACAAAGUGAAAAUCAAGGAUCAGCAAGUUUAGUGCCUAUAAAGAAUAUUCAAUCCCCUGAGAGAUUUUUCCCCAUUUUUUGCUUUUGAGCAGUAAAUCAUGAGUGACCAAACAAGAAACAAGUGAGGGAGGCCACCAUGACUCCUAUGACUCAUUUAAAGGAACAACAAAAGUUUUAUUAUCUGUGGCUGAUAUCCUUGUAACAUUAACUACCUCACUGAAUCCCUAGUGGCUUUAACUGAGUGUUUCACAGAAUUUGGCUGAAUAUCCGGCUAUAAAAUGAACUUUGACAAAUCAGAAAUGAGCUUGGAUAAAGGAAGAAACAUUGACCCAAUGAAUGUUAAACCUUUUCGCUGGGCUCCAUCUGGAUUAAAUUAUUUGGGGGUUAAGGUUACCCCUAAAAUUAGUCAACUACAUGCAGAAAAUAUUCAUUCAUGGCUUAAUAAGGAAUCUUAAAGAAACUUUUACAAGAUGGGAGAUCCUUCCUAUUUCAUUGUGUGGCAGAAUCAACCUGAUUAAGCUGAUGUGUAUAUUAUGGAAGGAUAUGAUAUCAGAUGACUAAAUAUUUAAUGACUCAUUUGGAUCUUGAGCCAAAGUACUUUAUUGGCGCAUCCCUAAUUUAAACUCCUGCAGCUCUUUUCUUUCUAUAUGAGUGUUAAUCUUCCUGGAAGCUCAGACAUCCAUCCAUCCAUCAUCUAUACACCACUUAAUCCUCACUAGGGUCAUGGGGGGCUGGAGUCUAUCCCAGCUGACUCAGGUGAAGGCAGGGGACACCCUAGACAGGUCACCAGUCUGUCACAGGGCUACAUACAGAGACAAACAAUCACUCUCACAUUCACACCUACGGGCAAUUUAGAAUGAUCAAUUAACCUCAGCAUAUUUUUGGACUGUGGGAGGAAGCCGGAGUACCCGGAGAAAACCCACGCAUGCACAGGGAGAACAUGCAAACUCCAUGCAGAAAGAUCCCGGGAAAGCCGGGAUGUGAACCAGGGAUCUUCUAGCUGCAAGGCGAAAGUGCUAACCACUACGCCACUGUGCAGCCCGGAAGCUCAGACAAUUGAAUGUUAAAUCACAACAGGUUAAAGUGUCUUCAGAUGUCAUUAGAGAUGUUCUCUAUUUCAUCCAGGGCAUCAGUUCUUCAAUGCUGCAGGAAACCUUGACUUUCUCUGUGUUUGUGUGUUUUGUUUUCCAAGCAGAGCAGCACAGAUGGACAAAACUCUCAGACUUGUCAGCACUCUGCCAAUGGUGAACAGUGCUGUUGUGACCAGUCUGGACCAACAUCCAACCAACAAGGAACCCUACAACGACACCAGCAGAUGCACACUGGACACAAACUGAACCUCUGCCAAGAAGAUUUCUCCAUGCCGGGUUCAGUGAAAGUUCAUGAAGUCUCCCACAAACUUAAAGUCCUUGAGAUCAGGCUCCACAGAAUUCAGGUCUAAUCUCUCGUUUGGUGUCUUCGUUAAGGUUGCACUCGAUAAAUCAUCUAUUUUUGAUGAGGUUUCCUUAAUUUCUACGACAAAGUGAAAAUCAAGGAUCAGCAAGUUUAGUGCCUAUAAAGAAUAUUCAAUCCCCUGAGAGAUUUUUCCCCAUUUUUUGCUUUUGAGCAGUAAAUCAUGAGUGACCAAACAAGAAACAAGUGAGGGAGGCCACCAUGACUCCUAUGACUCAUUUAAAGGAACAACAAAAGUUUUAUUAUCUGUGGCUGAUAUCCUUGUAACAUUAACUACCUCACUGAAUCCCUAGUGGCUUUAACUGAGUGUUUCACAGAAUUUGGCUGAAUAUCCGGCUAUAAAAUGAACUUUGACAAAUCAGAAAUGAGCUUGGAUAAAGGAAGAAACAUUGACCCAAUGAAUGUUAAACCUUUUCGCUGGGCUCCAUCUGGAUUAAAUUUAAGUACUCAUGCUGGUACUAGUGUACACUGCUUGUGGGAAUGCAACAUAAUCAAUUAAUUUUGGAGGACAGUAUAUGCAAGCACCUGUGUUUGUUUAUUUAUGUAUUUUUUUAAAAUGGGACAGUUUGUAUUACUGUACAUUUCCAUGUAAAUACGAGAGAUUGUAACCAUACAACUAAUUUCCAUCUCAAGUCCCAUUGGCAGAUGAAAGAUAAGGAAAUUGCAAAUAGCAUAAAACCAUAACUGACCAAAGACAUGCAAAAAAGAAAAACAAGCGAUAAUGUUUAGUGCACAUAACAGACAAAAACUGGGGGACCAAGGCAGCUACCAAGCAGUAAUUAACAUUUACACAUGAUUAUAUUGCAAAUAUCUCUUUGUUGUUAUUGCACUUAUCCCUCUAUCAUUAUUACACAUUGCUAUACUACACUUAUCACUCUGUCACUAUCACGUAAGAUUCCACUACAUAUAUUCCUCUGACACUAUUACAUAUAAUUGUAUGGCACAUUUCCCUUAAUCACUAUUGCACUCAUCGCUGUCUACAUUACACAUAAUCACACUAUACAUUUCCCUUCUAACACUAUUGCACAUAUCCCAUUAUCACUAUCACUCAUGAACUUUAAACACUGUUAUACAUGAAUAUAUUGCAUGAAGCACACAUCUACACAUUUAAAACAAAUUACACAGAGUCCUCAAGAACAAGCCCCAUCAACGGGCAAACAAAUUUACACAGAUCUGAUUUUCCAAUAGCAAUGCUUUGAGAUGUCUAGUAAAUGAAUUAAGAUGUGGUUGUUCACGACUAACAUUUGAUAUAGUAUUCCAGGUUUGUGAUGCACGAAAAGAGAAAAUUGACUGCCCAAGGGCACUUUUCCUAACAUGCACAACGCAAUUACCUGUAGAGCCUGCUCUGGUUGAUCUGCUGGAUUUUUUUUUUUACAUAUUCUUGUAGUGGAGGGUGAGCUUGGCCAUGAAAAAUUUUGUAAAGCAAAACAGAAUAAGUAUUUUACAGUGUUAAUCCAGGUUUAAUCGCUCGUAUUUCUUAAGACUGCCAUGCAAGUAGUGCUGUGUUUCCUGAAGCCAUACUGGGAGGAGGUGAGGAUCUUCAAUUUAUUAAUGUAACCCUUAAGUCUAUUGUAAACUAUCCUUUCCAGUACCUUGGAGAGCGUAGGCAGUAUGGAAAUUAGCCUAUAGUUGUAGAUGUCAUUUUUGUGCCCAGAUUUAUAAAUGGGGAGAAUUUUAGCAAUUUUAGUCAUUUUUGGUUCACUCCCAGUGAUUAAGGAUAGAUGUAUACAGUAAACAAGUGGUUCCAGGAUAACAUUCACAAUAGCCUUUAGGAUGUUGCUGCAGAUUCCAUCAGUACCAGCCGUACGUGAGCUGUUCAUGUUCAUGAUAAUUUUGUAGACCUCCUUUCCAUCCGUAGGCCUCAGGAAGAAUGAGCAGGGAUAGUUUCCAAGUAGAUAUUGACUAUAAGAAGUGCCUUGAUGUUGGGGGAUUUUACUAGCGAGGUUCUCACCAAGUGAAACAAAUUGGUCAUUAAAAUAUUUUGUUCAUUUUAGUAUGUCAUUAUUGUCUUUGCUGUUAGUGUCAGGAAGCACAGAGCCUUUGUGCUCCCACCCAAGAACUUCAUUCAGUAUCCGCCAUGUUUUCUUGGAAUCCCCCUGAGUUAAUUGUAGACUUUCAAUGUAGUGAUCUCUUUUCCGCAUUAAAUGUGUGAAUUUGUUCCUGAAAUGGGAAUAUUUUUCCUUGUUUCUAUUACUAGGAUUUUUUAGAUAAUGUUUGUAAAGUUUAUUUUUUUGAUUGAUUGAUUUUAAGAUAACUCCCUAAUUUCUCCACUUGCUGCAUGAUGUCCUGUCAAUUUUUUAAAUAUUUGUCCAGAUUUCUUUUGCAUUUCCUCUUGCAUGAUCUAUUAUAGUAAUAAAAAAAUUUGCUUUUGCAAAUGGGAGAAGUUUUCA